GGCCGCCGUCUAGCCAACAUAACCUGAUUGUGCAGCCGCCGCCGCCGCCGCCGACCGCUGACGCCGCCGCCGACGACACCACCACACUGCUAUCCGUUACGACCGCGACGACUGACCACCGUUGUUGUUCCGCAAGUGCGUACGGCGUAUGACGAUCUGUCCGUGUUCGUCCGCCACCCGUCGAAGUUUCGUUGGUUUUUUUUCUCCGCGCACGCCGUUUGGUUUUUGCGUUUACCGGUAAAAGACGCCGCCGCCGCCACACACAACGCGCGCAAUAAUACAUAAUAACAUUUAAUACACGUACAAUAAGGUAAUAUCCCCUAUUGUUUGUUAUUAUUAUUAUCGUGUUAUUAUCAUCGUUCGCCGACCGGAUCCCGCGAUCCGAUGCUUGGACGAGUUCGUGCGCGCCAUUUCACUACGACGAUACGAUAUUGCGGUCGCGCGCCAACGUGAAUCCGGUGCAUUAUUUUAGUGCACGACGACGACGACGACGCGUUCCCGUCGCUUGGCGUGCGUGUGUGUGUUUGAUCGAGUGUGAGUGUGUGUGUGUUUGCGCGCGUGGUUAUCAUCGUCGACGUCGGCCUGCCAACAACGCGGACGCUGCUCGCACAGCUAAUAUUGUCGCCGACAACGCGCCGUUACAACAGCAUCAUCGACGUGAUCGACGAACAAGGUUCCCUACCCCUAUCAAUGGUAUGAUUUGGACGUCUUAGGCACACUUGUAAAACCCAAACAGUCAAAACGCAAGGAUUAAACAAACGUGUUGGUAGUCCAGUAAUGGACAAACGGAAAAUGAUUACAAAAAGAACACGAAUCGAUACAACUAUACGAGGUGCUGGAUCCGGUGCUGGAGCAAUUACCAAUGGACCUAUACAAACAAGGCCGUUGGUCGCCUUGUUGGACGGCAGAGAUUGUUCAAUAGAAAUGCCCAUACUCAAAGAUGUGGCUACUGUUGCAUUUUGUGAUGCCCAAUCCACUUCUGAAAUCCAUGAAAAGGUAUUAAAUGAAGCUGUUGGUGCUUUAAUGUGGCACACCAUUGUUCUUACAAAAGAAGAUUUAGAAAAAUUUAAAACGCUCAGAAUUAUUGUACGAAUAGGAAGUGGAGUUGAUAAUAUUGAUGUAAAAGCUGCUGGGGAAUUGGGUAUAGCAGUUUGUAAUGUACCUGGUUAUGGAGUAGAAGAAGUGGCAGACACAACACUAUGUUUGAUUUUGAACCUUUACCGUAGAACCUAUUGGUUAGCUCAAAUGGUCAGGGAAGGAAAAAAAUUUACUGGGCCUGAACAAGUACGAGAAGCUGCUCAAGGAUGUGCACGUAUUCGAGGGGAUACUUUAGGAAUUGUUGGCUUGGGUCGUAUUGGCUCAGCAGUUGCAUUAAGAGCUAAAGCUUUUGGCUUUAACGUAAUAUUCUAUGAUCCUUACUUACCAGAUGGAAUUGAAAAGUCUCUAGGCUUGACUCGAGUUUAUACACUUCAAGAUUUAUUGUUCCAAUCUGAUUGUGUAUCGUUGCAUUGCACUCUGAAUGAACAUAAUCACCACCUUAUAAACGAGUUUACCAUUAAACAAAUGAGGCCAGGGGCUUUCCUUGUAAACACAGCUCGAGGUGGAUUAGUUGAUGACGAUGCACUUGCAACAGCAUUGAAACAAGGACGUAUUAGAGCGGCUGCCUUAGAUGUUCAUGAAAAUGAACCUUUUAAUGUACUUCAAGGACCAUUAAAAGACUCUCCAAAUUUACUGUGUACUCCACAUGCUGCAUUUUAUUCUGACGCUAGUUGUACAGAGUUAAGAGAAAUGGCUGCUAGUGAAAUCCGUAGAGCAAUUGUAGGUCGAAUACCCGAGUGUCUUCGUAAUUGCGUCAACAAAGAGUAUUUUCCUGCUCCGACUACCUAUCCACAUCAAGCAGGAGUUGCAAGUGUCGCAUCAGCAGUUGCUGUAGCUGCAGCGGCUGCCGCAGCAGCUAAUCCUGACGCUAUGAACGGAGGAUAUUAUGCGGGUGCUGGCACAGGAUCUUUACCAGUACAGCAAGCACAUUCUACUACUGCACAUGAUAAUGUGCCUGGUUCAGGGUCAGCACCACCACCCCCUUCACAACAAGCACCACCAAGCUCCCAGUCAGCUCCACCCACUUCAGUUCUGCCACAUUCAUUAUUUGUUAACACCCAGCUUCCAUACACUUCUGGACAAAACGACCGUGACAAUACAAAUAAUGUGAGCCAGAGUAGUCCGUCCCUGACGUAUAGGUCUGUUGUUUAAAAGGCACUUGUAUUCCCUUAUACUCUUUUUUGCUUUACAGAAUGAAAAUAGAAAAAACCAUUUGCUUUAGAACUAUAGUUAUGUUCUAAUAGACUUCUUUUAUGUUGUUUAAAUAAAAACAACAUUGUGAACUUUACUAAAACCAUAAAUUAUUGGUAAAUUUUAGCUAAAAAUAACAGGACGCCUUGAGUCUUAAAAUACUCAUUAGACAAUAAUCAGUUCGAAACAAGAUCAUAAUUUUUCUUUCCACGAGGUUUCUUUUUUUUAUUUUUCUAACAUGUAAUCUGGUUUAAAAAGUGCUAUUGUAUCUCAUUCGAAAACAAAAUUAUUAUUCAAAAAAAGCUGUAUUAUUAUAUGUCUUAAUUUUCUUUUAAUUUUGUAAAAAUUAUUGUAAAUAUUCAUAACAAUAUUUUAUUUUAAAUGUUUUCAAUAUUUAAAAUGUUAUUUUACAAUGCAAUAGAGUAAUGUUAAAUGAAUGGGAGACAAAAUAGUGGCAUUUGGGCUUCUACAGGAUAUAAAAUAACAUAUACAUAUGUUUUUAUUUUUUUUAAUUUUUAAAAAAUUUUUUUAAUAAUUAUUGUAAAUAGCAACAUCACAUUAAUUUACUAGUGUUUAUUACGUAUAGAAUUUUUAACUGUUAAGUGUGUUUAACUGUUUUAUUAUUAAACCGGAGAUAUUGUCGCCUUAUUGUACAUGUAAGGUGUGCGUACAUUUGGGCAGGGUUAGGGAAAAUAAAUAAAUAUUUUUCAACUUAAAAAGUUAGAUUUUUGUCGUAUUAAAUCUAUGUUAAAAACAGACUCACUGGUUUAAUUUGUCAUUGUAUGCAUAUUACAUGAAUUGAGGUGCAAUAAUCGACACCUUAAACACUUAAGACAUAUAUAUAAUAUUUUAUAUAGAUCACAACUUUUAUUAUUUUUAUUUUGUACUUUUUUUUUUAAUGGACCACAAAUCAGAAUUUUAUAAUAUACAUGAAAGUACAUAGAAAAAUUAAAAUAUUUUACAAUUCAGAAAUCAAGUUGGAUAUUGUACAUAAUUUUGAUGGAAUAACUAUUUCUUAAACCCUUUCAAAUCAUAUAGGUUUCAUUUAAGCAAAACAUUAUAGUAAGAUUAUUAUUAUUAUUAUUAUUAUUAUUUUUUAGACUUACUUUGUGUUGUAAUUAGACCUAAUUUAAGUCCCAGUUGU